AUGAGCAGUGAAAUAGCCAUCAGUAAAAUUCAAGCAGUUAAACAGAAAUUAGAGAAAUAUAUUGUUUCAAAACAGAAUGAUAAGGUUCAAGAAUACCUUCAGAUAUUGCACAAUGGAGCAAUUACUCCCGAAUUACUUCAAAAAACUGAAAUAGAUGUGCUUGUCAAUAGACUUGCAUCUGAUAAUACAGCUUCUUAUUAUUCAAUCGCUCAGAAUCUUCUAAAGAAAUGGCAUGAUAAGAAUCUCUUACAAAAAACAACAAAUACAUCCAAAUUUCUUCGUCCAAGACAUGAACGUCAAGCUAUUUAUUCUGGUAAACGUGUUUGCCGUACUAUUGUUCCAUCACUUCAAGAUCUUUGUGUUGAAGUUCUAAAAGAUCAUGUUGAUGAUGUAUGUCAUACACAUUUACAACGACUUCCAUAUGAUAUUGUUAAACCAAUUAUUGAUUCAGCAAACCCUGAACAACUUCACAAUAUAGUUGAUAAUAAUCCAGAUUAUGUUGAUGAUGUUGAACCAUUAUGGAAAAAAUUUUGUUCAUUAAAAUUUAAAGAUGCUGAACCUGAUGAAGGUGAAAAUUAUUUUGAACUUUACUGGCGUAAAGUUGAUGAAGAUGAACAACGAUUACGUCGUAUAACAGAGCUUGCGAAAAAAAGAAAAGAAACAACAGUUGACACUAGUCGUCAAACAAAAUCCCUCACUCUACGGCAAACUACCAAUCGUCAUGUACCUAUGAGUAUGUCCACUAAAGUCACUCGAGAAGUCAUCGGCCUUCCACCGUCAAAACCUAUGCGAGGACAAGCAAAAGUUAAAAAAGCAACGAUGCCACCAUUGCUCAAAAAAACCCUUAGAUUUUACAAUGGAAAAAAUUAA